AUGCCUUACCCUCGGCGGCCCCGACAAGAAGAUGCCCGGCACUCUACUUCGUUUCCUCGAGCGCGAACCGCAAGUGGCCGCUGGCCUCCGUCGCCUAGCUCUGAAUGGACGAGACAUCAUCAGGACCGUGCAGAAUCUGGAGGAUCUCAUAGGCUGCUUCGAGCGCUUGCCUGGCCUUCGCGAGCUGGCAUUCGCCCAUCCUCCGCCGCCUGCGGUCCUGGAGGUACUCGUCGUGCGCGAGGAGGUGUCGCCCUUGCUCCCGAGCCUGCGGGAUGCGAACUUCAAGACGACAAGGGAGACGGUGACGGCGUACACGAAGUUCAGAGAGUCGAGGGCCGAAGAAAAGAUGAUACACGGCGUAAUGGUCGCCGCGUUGAACCAUGCCGAAGCGGAUGGUCCUGUCGACACUUUGGAGUUACGCAUCCAGGAUUGGCUGUCGAGGACGUCGACGUAGCGAGGUGCCGAGGAGGGUUGCAAGGAAAGGGCGAGAUAAGCUGGGCAGUAAGAGCUCAAUUUGCCGCGGAGGUUUAUAAGAUGGUGUACACGCCAAAACAAUUUACGUUGCAUUGCAUCCAGACGCCGGUUGACGUCCCCAGCUUUGGUUGCUACCAAAUGGUGACAAAUGCGGUAGUGGUAAGUAGCGUUAACCUGAGUCGGACGCUCGAUUCGACAUAA